AUGGCGACAAAUAAUGAAAGCCUAAAGAUGGGAUUCAUAAUUGUUGGGUUUCCUGGAUCUUUCUGUCUUCAGAACCUCUUUUUUACAUUACUUCUGGCUUCUUAUUUAUUAACUAUUUUCAGCAACAUAAUAAUAAUCAUAAUUACACGGCUAGAACAUUGUCUUCAAACACCUAUGUAUUUUUAUCUCCGCUGUUUUGCGUUUCUUGAAGUCUGUUAUAUAAAUGUGACAGUCCCCAAGAUUUUAUCAACAAUCACUUUCCAUGGACGAUUUAUUUCAUUUACUGGCUGUAUAACUCAGUUGUUCUUUUUCUUCUUCCUAAGUUCCACAGAAUGUUUUCUACUUGGUGUUAUGGCUUUAGACCGUUAUUUGGCAAUCUGUUAUCCUUUGCAAUAUCCAUCUCUUAUGACUAUAUCCUUGUGUCGUAAUCUAAGCAAAUCUUCCUGGAUUGUUGGUUUUGCUACAACUUUUCCGCCAAUUUUGCUUAUCUCACAGCUUCCAUUUUGCAGUAAUAUCGUUAACCAUUUCUUCUGUGAUGCACCUCCACUUCUGAAGAUUUCCUGUGUGGAUACUUCCUUAAAUGAUCUUUUAGAUUUUUUAUGUGCUUCUUUAGUAAUUGUAACAUCAUUUACAGUAACGCUUUUUUGUUAUGUGUAUAUUAUUGUAACAGUUCUUAAAAUUCCUACAACUGAAGGUAGAAAAAAAGCUUUCUCGACAUGUGGGUCUCAUUUAACAGUUGUUCUUAUCUACUACAGUACUGUUAUUUUUAUGUAUGUAAGACCAAAAGUGGGAUUUACAUUCACUCUUAAUCGGGUGGUAUCAGUCUUUUAUGUUGUGGUUACACCCAUUCUUAACCCCAUUAUAUACUGUUUGCGGAACAAAGAAGUGAAAGAGUCAGUCAAAAAACGUUUAGCUUUAGUCAAAUUAUUUUAUAAAUCUUAUUAUUAG